UUCAGCGCGUGAGUUACAAGUUAGGGUUAUCCUUAGCUCGCACAUGACACGUUUUUACUCCAAAGACAAGUUGCAUUGUCUGAGGAUUCGUUUAGAGAAACACAAACAUCUCUCCUCAGACUCUUUCUUCCCCACAACUCCUCAGGUCCUUGCCUCCACCUUAACAUGUCCACCGGUUCCAUCAGCGACGUGGAUGAAUUUCAUGAGGCUGAGCUGCUGGAUGGUCUUUUGAAAUUCGGUUCCGGUAACGACCCGGGGACAUUAAACGAGAGCACGGAGGACAGCUCCAACUGCGAAGGAGCUUCUGUUACAGAACAUACCGGAACCACGGGAAAGCGGCGCAAAUCAGCUGCCAUGCGGAAAUCGGCACCCAACGGUGUGGCCCAAGAGGGCAAGCAGGUCCAGAGGAACGCGGCGAACGCGCGCGAGAGAGCGAGAAUGCGCGUGUUGAGCAAAGCCUUCUCCCGGUUGAAGACGACGUUACCGUGGGUUCCACCGGACACCAAACUCUCCAAACUGGACACAUUGCGGCUGGCCUCUAGCUACAUCGCGCACCUGCGACAGAUACUUGCUAAUGACAAAUACGAGAAUGGCUACAUCCAUCCUGUCAACCUGACGUGGCCGUUUAUGGUGGCGGGAAAACCGGAAAAUGAACUGAAAGAAAUGUUGAAUUCAACACGUUUAUGCGGCACUACAGCUUCCUGAAGCAUCAAAUGGAGCACAUGGACAAAACAUGGACCUAUUCUUACUAUUUUAAUUAAAGAAUAACCACGUCAUCUCCUAUCUAAAAACACACGAGUGGGAAUAACUGGGGAAAACAUCCUCACUCGCAUUCCUGUAAAGAAAAAAUUGAAAUCUAUUUAAAUAUUUACGCAAAUGUGCCUUGCUGGUUCAAGGUAAUAAUGUGUGCUUUUAAUCAAAUGUUUGUUUUAUAUAUAGAUGCUGUCAUCACUUUUUUAUUAAAAGAGAAACGCGAAAAAUUAUUCUUUAAAUGUAAAAUGGCUUUGGUGAUGCGGAGUGAAGUUCACACGCCUUUGCAUUAGAAUAUUUGUAAAUAAAAAGUACUGAUUUUA